AUGGCAUUGAGGCCAAUCGGAAGCACCGUGCACCGGCUCCUAUCCUUACCACUUUCCUCCGGUUCCCCUUCGCCAAUCCUCCUCCGGCACGACUGCGACCCCCAGCUCCGCCACUGUCUACGGGAGAUCUCCUCCGGCGCGACGCUCGCCGGAAACUUCCGGCACCAGGAUCAGCAGCAGCAGCAGCGGCGGGCGCAGCGGCACCUUCCUCCUCCUCCGCGGGCCGGUGGCUCGGGAUCAUUGGCUUCGGAAACGCUGGCGCAGAAGAUUGGGAAAUCUGUACGGCGGCCCGGCGCCAGCUCCAAGGCCAGGGUGUAUGCUGAUGUUAACGUAGUCCGUCCGAAGGAUUACUGGGACUACGAGUCCCUCACCAUUCAGUGGGGGUAGAGCUCAUAACAUUUCGUGCAUCUCUUGCCAAUCCCUUCCCUUUCUUCAUUUUGCUAUUUUUUUUUCGUCGUCUCAGGGAACAGGAUGAUUACGAGGUGGUCAGGAAGGUGGGCAGAGGGAAGUACAGUGAGGUGUUCGAAGGAGUCCACUGCACAAAUAAUGAAAGGUGCAUCAUCAAGAUUCUAAAGCCUGUGAAGAAGAAAAAGGUUAUUAACUUCUAUAAUGCCGUCUCUUUAGCUGGCUAAAGGUUGGAUCUAUCCGUGCUCUCUUUUAGUUGGUUUUCCCCUAUAGUAGCAUUGCUCAGUGACAUUCGACAUCCUGGACCUGGGAAGAAAUCAAACAUUGAAAUAACUGGAGAAAGUCAAUUCGAAAUUAUUCAGCUGUAGCGUUUCAAACUACUAUAAGGGGUCAAUUCCGGGCUUCUAACCUGAGAAGUAAUAAUUAGGCUAACUAAUUGAUUUUACUCUUUCCAGGACAUGAAAAGAAAAUAGUCCAUUUGCUUUCUAGACAGCAAUGUAGAGGAAAAAAAUGGAGAAAUAAUCUAGGUGACUUUCCAUUCUCUGUCUCAUUAAUCUAGGUGCUUGACGCUGGUUCCGCGUUUGUUUAACCUUUUUACGUGUACAUAUGAAAAAGAAGGAGAAAUAAAUGAUGCCGCAUAUGUAGCCCAUAUGUUUUAUAAAAGAGAAAUUUCCUAAUGGGGUGUGAAUUAUUACACUUCCAUGAACCAUGUACACAAGCCCUGUACAAGGAUGUAAGAUGUAUAUUUGAGAUACAUCUAUGCUGUCGUCCUUCCGAAGUCUUCUGUGGAUCAGUAUGCAGAGUCUUUCGACGGAAAGUCGAGGUGAAGAACUUGCUCAACAGAGGAGACAUCAGCAAGGUUUAAGGAUUCCAGCGAGGUCUUCUUGUCUACAUGAUUUAAGGUGGGGUAUUGCCAUCUGGGCAGAAACUGAGUUUUCAAAAGAAGAUAAUAUGCCUACGCCUUCAUUUUUGGUCAGAGGAUUUGCCAGAGAAAGGUGAGAAAAAAAAGACGUUAUAGGCUCCAGUGGGCUGAGGAAGAAGAAAUGGAAGGGGAGGGUAAGAGCAUCAUGAAAAUAAAAGAAUGAUAAAUAUGAAACUCACGUUUACUAUUGUAUUUGGUUUUUUCGCAAUGGUUAUCCAACACUUUUUUAUGAAAUUUUCCAGAUAUCAUUCUUUUAUGGAGCUUACUUGGAUUUUCUUCUGUUUAGUAUUUCCUACAGGAAUUCCGUUGCCAUAUCAUUUAUAUACUCUAUGUUCUCUACUGACACUUGGAGUAUUUGUAUUUUGGGACGUUUUCUGGUUUGCAGAUCAAGAGAGAGAUAAAGAUAUUGCAGAACCUCUGUGGUGGACCAAAUAUUAUUAAAUUGCUUGAUAUUGUGAGGGAUCAACAGUCAAAGACGCCCAGUCUUAUAUUCGAAUAUGUCAACAACAAAGAUUUUAAAGAGCUUUAUCCAACUCUUACAGACUAUGAUAUUCGAUACUAUAUAUAUGAACUGUUGAGGGUAGGCCUUUUAUUCUACGUUGAUUAUUAGGUUGUGGAUAGAUUUUUCUUAGAUUUAUACUUUUUUGUUUGAUUCUUAACCAUUGGGUAUUACCCAUUGUUGAGAAGUGUUUUCAUGUUGAGAGUUUAAAUAUAUUUACAAUUUUUUCGUUAAUUAUAUCUCAAAUUGACUUUUCUGCCAGCCAUGUGGUUGAUGCAUGCAAAUAAUUAAUGAUAUUCCUUUUGAACAUUCUUUAAUAUUCCAUUGUUUAUGAUGGCUAAACACCACUUUAAAUAUUUAAUCUUUGACAUGCUUGCUUUUGGGGUCUAGUUCAACGUUUAGACUUUGACUUCAUUUUUUACUGGAACAAAUGGUCAUUUAAGUAUUCUGUCCUAGCAGAAGUUGUAAAUUUUAUUUAAUGGUGAUUAAGCUUAUUACUUUUGUUUGGUGGCAUCCUUGGUGCCAUACGUAUGAUAUGGGAAAGUAAGUUUGUGAACGGAUGUAGCACGCUCUGGAUGUGCAUAGGCGCGCCACACAAAUUCUAUUAACAAUUUUUUUGAUGCAAAGUAUGAAUGCGUCUUCUUCUCACAAGAGGAUUUUCAUAUGACGUUGCAAAGGGUAAGUAGGUUUUCAAUGGGCAAUUUCUAUGUUUGCAGAUAUUUAUUUAUCUGCAUGUGUUGGUGGGGAGGGGGUUGGGGGAGUUGUGCUGGGCAGGAGACAGGUGGAACAGACAUGUUGUGUUCCUAAUUUAUUGAUUAUUCUCGCAAGUUAAACCGUGGAUGAUAUGCUCUGAUUGACAAAAAUUGCUGCCAAGUUAUACGUCAUGUUAUUAUCAUAGUUGUACAGUAAAUUUGAUCAUUAGAUUUUUUUAAUAAUAUUUGUCAACUCCCGUUACCUAAUUUUCUUCCAUAUCCCUUCCCCUCAUUGAAAGUUCAAUGUGUUGCGGCUUUUGGACUUCAUAUUUUACUCGUUGCAUCUGUUCUCGCAUGUCGUUAUCUUCUGCUUUUUUUUAUGUAGAAUGCAGUGGUUGAGUAUGGUUUUUUAUGGACGUUGGGAACUGCACUAGCCUGACCUUUUCCAUCUUGAUUUUCCAAUUCUCAUUUUGUGAAUAUUUCUGGUUUUUCUCAUAAUAUAUUUCUUCUUUCUGCAGUGUCUUAUCAUUCUGCCAUUCACUAAUUUUGUACUGUCGUAGUUUCCUCGGUUGAAGUAUUCUUUUUAAAGUGCAUGAUUUUCGUUGUCAAGUGAAGAAGUUUGCUUGUUUCCUGACUCUUAUGGGAUUUAACUUUGCAAUUGUAUUUUUGUAGGCUCUGGACUUUUGUCAUUCCCAAGGUAUCAUGCAUCGAGAUGUGAAGCCUCAUAAUGUCAUGAUUGAUCACGAACAGCGGAAGCUUCGUCUUAUUGAUUGGGGACUUGCAGAAUUCUAUCAUCCUGGAAAAGAAUAUAAUGUCCGUGUUGCUUCAAGGUAUGUUUUCGUUUAUCUUGUUCCUUUUUAUCCGUUUUACGUACGUCAAAAGCAUUAUAUUUUUUUGAAUUUAUCUUAGGAUGAUUUAGAUUUAAUUGGGGCAAUAAGUGACCUCGGGCGCAAGCUUUUUUGUCUGAUAUUAUUGAUCCGCAACCAUGGGAAGCAUUUCACGAUUUGAUAAGCUAGUUUCUCAGACUCGUGAAUUCUUUGAUCCUGAAAAAAUAUUGCUGUAAUCUGUGUAUGGUCAAUUGGAGUUUCCUCAAGGCUCCCCGUGAGGGAAAAUUUUAAAAAAUAUUGGUAUGCAUUUUUUUCUCAUUUGAUUGUCCACGAGACAGGAGAAAAAGAUAGAUCGCCAUCAAUGGGUUCUUGGUGCAGACAGAUUUUUUAGGUUCAAAGAUGGACUAGAGUUAAUGGGUAGGCUUGUCCGUCUAUACUUGCUAUUAAGUCUUCAUAGUCUGCUCAUAAUUUCUAGUUUUGAGGGAAACAUACAUUGUAGUUAGUCAAUAGCCACAAGAACCUUCUCUGAUAGAUUCUCUCCGUGUCUCUAAGUCAUUUUCCCUUGGGUGCCAAAGGAUGAGUCUUAACAUAUUGGCCAGGUGGGGUGGCUGGUGGGCCAGGCACGAGGCUCGAUUUAGCUAUUGCCUACUUUCGUGACUCAAUCUCAAGGUUUGACUUCGCAGAGCCCUGCUGCAGAGUUGACUCAGUCCACAUUGGUCAUUCCACUUGGCUCCAAUAACUCAUCUUUCUUCUUGAGUUUUGGGUGUGGAUCCCAAAAAUUUUCUCCAUAUCUUCUGCUUUCUUUUAAUGAGGCAGAAUGCGGGAAAUGUACAGAAAGCCCCCUUUAUAGUCAUUAAGUGCUGAUAUUCCCCGUCACCAAAAUAGCAUUCGCUUUGUCACCAAGAAAGGGUUUAACUAGGUUAACUGCCGUUCUUCUCUAAUGGUUUGUACGGACACAUUCUCAGAAUCAUUGCUUGAUCAUCAGGGUUCAGAGUUUGAUAGAAAGCAUGUAAAUAUGAUGAAGGCUUCUCACUCUAAUUAUGUGUACCCAGAUCUCGUCCUGCCCUGUAGUUAGUGUGUUAAGUCGAGUCAAUGGCAUCAAUAUAGACUCGUUAUUUAUUGCUUUGCCCAUAUGAAUAAUUUUUUUUAAUUCCAAUCAUUACUCUUUUCGGAACUAUUAGAAGAUACAAUGCCCGACUUAUCUUGUUGAAGUCGGCGAUGGGGCAGAGCGUUUCUCAUCGGCAAUCUUUUCUUUCUACUCAGAUAUUUUAAAGGGCCAGAGCUCCUGGUAGAUUUGCAGGAUUAUGACUACUCUCUUGACAUGUGGAGCCUUGGUUGCAUGUUUGCCGGCAUGGUAAGCGAUUGCUCCCAGGACGUUUUCUGCUGCUUCUAGUUGCUCUUUAGUGAGAACCCUCCUUUUCUGCAGAUAUUCCGUAAGGAGCCAUUUUUCUUUGGGCACGAUAAUUAUGACCAAUUGGUCAAAAUAGCCAAGGUAACUACGCUCUCCAGCUGCAAAUCGUUCAUCUAAUUAGUAUACAUUUCCUUGUUCUGUGAGUCGAUGGUACCCUCAUAAUAAGAGAGAGAGAGAGAGAGAGGGAGAGAGAGAGAGGGAGAGAGAGAGAGAGAGGGUGAGAGAGGGUGAGGGUGAGAGUGAGAGAGAGCUCUCAAGAACAGAGAAUGAAGAGAAAACUGCAGACCCAACAUGGGAAAGCCUCACAUGAUGUCGAGGCGCUUCCUGUGAAAGUCGCUCAUUUGAAAUCCUCCCUGUGAAAACCUUUGCCUGUGAGAGGGAUCUUAUCAAGGGAGAGGGGAGGGGGGCUGACUUUCUGGAUCUUAUCUGCUUCAGGUGCUUGGAACGGAUGAGCUGAACCUCUAUUUGAGGAAAUACCGCCUGGAGCUCGACCCGCAUCUGGAGGCCCUCGUCGGAAGGUUUCCCUGAUUCCCUUCGCGGAUCAUCAGCUUCCUUCUGUUGUAGAUGUUGUCGUCAUCACCCCCUCAUAGAUGGUGAAUCUUCGUGCUCUGCGGCAGGCACAGCAGAAGGCAGUGGACGAAAUUUAUCAACUCCGAGAAUCAGCAUCUCGCAGUUCCAGAGGUCCAUCCUCUCAGUGAUUCAUCACCAGAAAAUCUCCGUAUUUAGCUAAACAAAGACCUCUUUUUCCUUCUCCAGGCCAUUGACUUCUUGGAUAAGUUGCUCCGGUACGAUCACCAGGAGAGGGUCACCGCCAAAGAAGCCAUGGUAUCUCUCUAGGGCUGGCGGAUUCCCUGUUUUUGCCUUGAGCCAUCUGCAUAUUAGAAGAUCUGAACCCAGGAGUUUCUUACCCAAUUUGGCAACUCUUUGCUCAUCCAGGGACAUGCCUACUUCCAUCCGGUGAGGAAUGCAGAGAGUAGCAGAAAUCGUUCAUAA